AGACGAUCAUCAGAGCAUCAGGAAGAGCUGAAAUCUGCAAAGACUGAGUUUAUUAAAGAGGACAGUGAGAACAUGAGUGGUCCAGAACCCUGCAAAAUGAAACACACUGAAGAUCCUGAAGAACAAAGAGAACUGAUGGAAGUGAAGGAGGAGAGAGAAGAACUGAGUGAAGUGAAGGAGGAACAUCAUGUCCAACCUGGAGAAAAACCUUUGAGUCGCUCAAAGACUAAAAAUAACUUUUCAAAGAAAAGACAAGACAAGACAUCUUUCACCUGCACUCAGUGUGGAACGAGUUUCACAUACAAACGUGAUCUUAAUGUUCACAUCAGAAUUCACACCGGAGAAAAACCAUUCAUGUGCGAACAGUGUGGAAAGAGAUUCUCAGACAAGUUUUAUUUGAAGAUUCACGCGAGAGUUCAUUCAGGAGAGAAGCCGUUCACAUGUGAUCAAUGUGGGAGGAGUUUCAGUCGAUCCACGUACCUUAAGAUCCACAACAGGAUCCACACUGGAGAGAAGCCGUUCACAUGCAAACAAUGUGGGAAUAGUUUCAGUCAAUUAUCAUCCCUUAAUGUCCACAUGAGGAUCCACACUGGAGAGAAGCCGUACACAUGCAAACAAUGUGGGAAUAGCUUCAGUCGAUUAUCAUCCCUUAAUGCUCAUAUGACGAUCCACGGUGGAGAGAAGCCGUUCUCAUGUGAUCAGUGCGGCAAGACCUUUUUUGCGUCAUCACACCUGAAGAGACACCUGAGAGUUCAUACGAAGGAGAAGCCACAUUCAUGUUCUGUGUGUGGAAAGAGUUUUUCACUGCGGUGUACUUUACUAGUACAUCAGAGAAUUCAUACUGGUGUGAGAGAGUACGUGUGCUUUGAGUGUGGGAAGACUUUUGCAACAGGGAGAGAAUUAAAACGACACCAGAGAAUUCACACUGGAGAAAAACCUUACAAGUGUUCACACUGCGACAAGAGUUUCAGUAUGUCUUCACAUCUGAAAACACACAAGAUGAUCCACACUGGAGAAAAACCUUACAAGUGUUCACACUGUGACAAGAGAUUCAAUCAGUCAUCAGGUCUGAAAACACAUGAGAAGAUCCACAGUGGAGAGAAACCUUACAAGUGUUCAAACUGCGACAAGAGAUUCACUCUGUCAGAAAAUCUGAAAACACAUGAGAAGAUCCACACUGGAGAAAAACCUUACAAGUGUUCACACUGCGACAAGAGAUUCCGUCUGUCAGCACACCUGAAAAGACAUGAGAAGAUCCACAGCAGAGAGAAGCUGCAGAUGUGUGAUCAGUUUGAGUUUCUCUUUUAAAAGUGACCUGGAGUUACACAUUAAGAUCCAUACAGUGGAGAAACCACAUCACCACAAUCUGAGAUCACCGUAAUCAUAGUAAAAAAUAUUCGAUUUAAGUAGAUUCUGAGCAAAGUUUUAAAAGAGGAUAUAGACUCAGUCAUACAGAUGAAUGAAGGGAGAGACUUCCAAAGAUCACAUCAUCAGUGAAGCUCUUCCCACUGUAAUCCAUCAUCAGUGAAACUCCUCCCACUGCCAUUCUCCAAUAAAUGCUGUAAAUUCCCAUCAGCUACUAGUGAAGAUGAGCAUGAAAGCAUCAGGAAGAGCUGAAAUCUGUAAAGACUGAGUUUAUUAAAGAGGACAGUGAGAACAUGAGUGAUCCAGAACCCUGCAGAAUGAAACACACUGAAGAUCCUGAAGAACAAAGAGAACUGAUGGAAAUGGAGGAGAGCGAAGAACUGAGUGACGUGAAGGAGGAGAGAGAAGAACUCAGUGAAGUGAAGGAGGAGAGAAAAG